AUGGAGUAUAGGACUGCAAGCUUGUGGUUGUUUUGUCUGACUUUGGGGUUCUCAAGAGCCAUUGAUGAGAUAACAGGUCGAAUCCGUAAUCAUGGUCAUUAUGUCUGCAGUACCUGGGGGAACUAUCAUUUUAAGACUUUUGAUGGUGGUUUUUACCAGUUUUCUGGCGUCUGCAGCUACAACUUGGCCUCACAUUGCCAAGACUCCUAUCAAGAAUUCUCUGUCCAUAUUCAUCGGUCAUUGGUCAAUGGUCAUCCGUUUAUAGACAAGAUCACCAUCACCAUCAAAGAUGUGACUCUUCAGAUUAAGAGUAACUUAGUGGUGCUGAAUGGAGCUAUUGUCAGGACACCUUUCUACAGAUUUGGUAUUCUCAUGCAUGAAAACGAUGGCUAUUUUAAGAUGUACACAAAGGUUGGCUUGACCCUCAUGUGGAACAGAGAAGAUGCUAUCAUGGUGGAGUUGGACCCAAGGUUCCUCAAUCAUACUUGUGGCCUAUGUGGGGAUUAUAAUGGAGAUCCCACAAAAAAUGAAUUUCUCUCAGGGGACAAAAUUCUCAGUCCGAUAAAUUUUGGAAAUCAGCAGAAUGUGAAUGAUCCAAAUGAAGUGUGUAAGGACACAGAUGACACUGAAAUUAUAAACCCAACACAUUGUUCUAAAUAUCUCUCUGUAUGUGAGGAACAUCUAGUCCAAGCUGUGUUCUCUGACUGUAUGAACGUUCUGAAUCUGGAAGCCUACAUCCAGGCCUGUAUGAUUGACAUGUGCUCCUGUGACCAAUCCCAAGACUACUUCUGCCUGUGUAGUACCAUCUCUGAGUAUUCCAGACAAUGCUCUCAUGCUGGCGGACGCCCGGGAAACUGGAGAACUAAGAACUUUUGUCCUAAGAAAUGUCCUGCUAAUAUGGUCUAUCAAGAAAGCGCCUCACCUUGUACAAAUUCCUGUUCCCACCAAGAGGUACACAGUCUGUGUGAGGAGCAUUACAUGGAUGGCUGCUUCUGUCCUGCGGGUACGGUGCAGGAUGAUUACACUAACAGGGGCUGCCUACCAGUUGAUGAGUGCCAUUGCAAACACCAAGGGAAACUCUAUGCCCCAGGAGAGUCAAUUCAAAAUGAUUGUGCCAAAUGUGACUGUGUUGCCGGAAGAUGGAACUGCACAGAUCUCCCCUGUCCGAAAGUUUGCUCAGUUGAAGGUGGAGCCCAUUUUACUACUUUUGAUGGGAAGACAUAUACUUUCCAUGGGAACUGUUACUAUGCGCUGAUGAAGGACAGCAUGAGAAAUCUGAUCUUGGGCAAGCUGAUGCCUUGCGGUUCCUCUGAGAGAGAGACUUGCCUCCAGUCUGUUAUACUAGUCACAGACAACUUAAAAAACGUUGUGAAACUCAAAUCAGAUGGAACAGUUGUCCACAAUGACCUUAAGGUUAUGCUUCCUUAUAUCACAGCCAACUUUUCCAUACUACAACCAUCUAAACCCUAUGUUAUUGUUCAAACUGCUCAUGGCCUCCAAAUGCAAAUACAGCUACUACCAAAAAUGCAACUGUAUAUCACUAAGGAGAAAGCUUCCAAAAAACAACCACAAGGUCUUUGUGGGAAUUUCAACUCCAAGGAAGGCGAUGACUUUACAACACCUGGAGGUCUUGUUGAAGCCACAGCAUCAGCCUUUGCCAACACAUGGAAAGCCCUGGCCACUUGUCGUGACAUGUCGGACUGGUUGGACGAUCCUUGCAGCAUUAGCAUUGAGAACAAAAAUUACGCAGACUAUUGGUGCUCUAAGUUAGAAAAUGUUGAGUCUCCUUUUGCCAAGUGUCAUUCCACAAUAGACCCUACUGAAUAUGCAAAGAGAUGUCGCUAUGACUCAUGUAGCUGUAAGGACAGUGAGCAUUGUAUGUGUGCAGCUCUCUCCUCCUACGUCAGAGCCUGUGCCACGAAGGGGAUCAUUCUGUGGGGAUGGAAGAAUGGAACCUGUGAUAAGGAUAUUACAUCCUGCCCAUCUAGCCAAAUCUACCUGUAUAACUUGACCACCUGCCAGCCGACCUGCCGGUCCCUGGCAGAGGAUGAGAAGGCUUGUGGUAGUGUUUUCACCUCAGUAGAUGGCUGUGGGUGUCCAGAUGGGCAGUAUUUGAAUGAGAAGGACCAAUGUGUACAUCUAUCUAAGUGUUCCUGCUAUUAUCAUGACACUUACCUGAAACCCCGAGAGAUAAUCAGCACAAAGGAUAAGCACUGCAUCUGCCAAAAUGGGAAUCUUGCCUGCACUGAUAAAGUCAACAGAACUUGUCCUGGAGGGAAAGUUUACUUGGACUGUGAUAAGAGACAGCCCCUGGCGCCAGGAGCUCCUAUACGCAGAAGCUGCAAGACUCUGAGUAUUGAAUACUUCCAGACAGAGUGUAUCUCAGGGUGUGCUUGCCCCAGUGGACUUCUAGAUGAUGGAGCCGGAGACUGUGUUCCUGAAGAUAGAUGUCCUUGUGUCCAUAAUGAAGACAUUUAUCCGCAUGGAUCCCAGGUCAAGGUGGACUGCAAUACUUGUUUUUGCCAGGAAGGAAAAUGGACCUGCACGAAUAGUGGCUGCUAUGGAACAUGUACAAUCUAUGGAAAUGGUCAUUAUAUCUCUUUUGACAGUAAAAUUUAUGACUUUGAUGGGAAUUGUGAAUUUGUGGCUGCCCAGGACUACUGUGAGCCUGACCGUUCUGGUGGCAGCUUCAGUGUCCUCACUGAGAAUAUUCCAUGUGGUACCACUGGAGUUACAUGUUCAAAAUCUGUCAAAGUCUUCCUUGGGAAUACCAUGCUAAAAUUAUCAGAAAAACAUAUAGUGAAGACUGUUGGAGAAGGAGGAAAACAUGUAGAUUAUCUAACCCGCGAAGUAGGUAUUUAUUUGGUCAUUGAGGCAAGUAAUGGCAUUCUUCUAAUUUGGGACAAGAAAACCACCAUAUUCAUCAAAGUAUCACCUGAAUAUAAGGGAAAACUGUGUGGUUUGUGUGGCAACUUUGAUGACAAUUCACAAAAUGAUUUUAAAACCAGUCACAUGAUACAAGUCAUUGAUGUUUUGGAAUUUGGAAACAGCUGGAAAGUGGAUGCCACGUGUCCUGAUGCUACUGAUGUACUCAACCCCUGCAGUCAAAAUCCUCAUCGACAUUCCUGGGCUGAGAAACAGUGUGGUCUAAUCAAAAGUCAAGUUUUUAAAAUCUGUCAUAGCAAGGUUGAUCCAAAACCAUUUUAUGAGGCCUGUGUAAAUGAUGCCUGCUCAUGUGACAGUGGUGGAGACUGUGAAUGCUUCUGUACUGCAGUUGCUGCCUAUGCUCAAGAGUGUACCAAAGCAGAAGCCUGUGUCUACUGGAGAACACCAGACAUAUGCCCCAUAUUUUGUGACUACUACAACCCUAAGGGUGAAUGUGAGUGGCAUUAUCACCCAUGUGGUAAUCACAGUGUAAAAACGUGUCGUUCCAUCAACAACAUCUACACUAAAGUCACCAUUACUUAUCUGGAAGGUUGCUACCCAACUUGCCCAAAGGAUAAACCUAUUUUCGAUGAAGCAAACAAGAAAUGUGUGACCAAGGAGCAAUGUGGUUGCUAUGUUAAUGAGGUUCACUACAAAUCUGGAAUAGAAGUGCCUCAUUAUAUGAAUUGUCAUAAAUGUGUCUGCUCUUCAAAUGGAAACAUUGACUGUCAAAAACAAGCUUGUGUUUAUGAAAAAGUGUGCCAGUGGACCCAAUGGCUUGAUGUAAGUAAGCCAGGAGAUGAUGUGGGUAGUGGUGACUAUGAAACAUAUGACGAGAUAAGGAAACACCAUGUGUUCUGUGAAGUCCCAGAACAGAUUCAAUGCAGAGCAGCAAAUGCUCCCAAUGUCAACUUGGAUAACUUAAAACAGGUUGUACAUUGCAAUGUCUCAUAUGGACUCAUCUGUAAGAACAGUGAGCAGAAGCUAGAUGACAACCUUUGGCAAAAGUGUUUUAACUAUGAAGUCCAAGUGGAGUGCUGCCAGUGGAUAUGUUCUGAAUCCACCCCAUUAACCACAACUCCUAUUGGUAUCAGUACAUCUACCACAAUCCUGGAGACUACAACCAGAAGUCUAGAUAUAACUUCAGGAUCUGCACUUUUUUCAUCCUCCAUUACGUCAGAGCUGGCAACGCAAGCACAAAGUUGUACAACUGUUUGUUCAUGGUCGGAAUGGUUUAGUGUGAGUUACCCUACAUAUGAAUCAGGAGGGGAUUACGAAACAUAUAAUAAUAUCAGACAGGCUGGACAUGAUGUCUGUGAGAGGCCAUUGCACAUUUCCUGCAGGGCAAGACAUUGGCCAAAUAAAGCACUAGAUGAGCUGCGGCAGAAGGUGACCUGUGACGUCUCCUACGGGCUUAUCUGUAACAACAAAGAACAGAACUCUUCACCAGUGUGUUUUGACUAUGAGGUCCGUGUCUACUGCUGUAGAGUGCCAGAUAGGUGCUUACAUACAACUUCUGAAAGCUCAGGACACAAGUCCAGCACUUCAUUAACCACCACUACUAGCCGUCCUGGUACAAGCACAAACACAACAUGGACAUCAAAGACUACAAAGCUCAGUGAGACAAGUUCUCAUACUUCUAUCUCCACUCCAAACAAAGAGACUUCUACUUCUACACGUGUGACCUCUUCCCCAACUACAACAUUUGGAAUAAACAUCAAGACGCCACGGACAACAUUUAAGACUACUGUGAAGUUACCCCAAGUUCAUAAUACUGGAACAACUAAGAAAACCACCAUCACAUCUCCAGCCAGUACAAGUAAAGCUGAAACAAUACACAUAGGACCUGAAUCCACACCAACCCCAACUACUGAAGCUUCAUUCACUACCAUCAUACCAUCUCCUAAUACCACACCUGUCACCAUCUCACCAACCACUCCUCCUGCUAAUACCUCUUUUAUAUCACCUACCACUUCCACCACAGCUUCACCUCCUGCUACUUCAAGUACAAGUAGAGUGAUUUAUACUCCUGAACAAAUGAUCACCACAGAAGGUGGCACGACUUCCACCGUGACAUCUCUCCCUAAAACACCAAGUGAAUAUGCCACUUCUGAAUCUGUAUUAACAUCAGCCACUACUGUUUCUACUACUGAAUAUUACACAAGAAUAUUACUCAGAACUGAUGAGACUUCAUUGACCAUGGAACCUAAUAAAGCCACCUCUACUACUUCUCUGCCGAUCACAGUAACCACUGCUACUUCUCUACCAACCACAGUAACCACCACUGCUUUAUUGACUCCAUCAACUACAAGUCAGGGUACAUAUACACCUACCAAAUCUAUGCCAAUCACAUCAGAAGCUACUGGUACCACCAAUACAUCUCCUUAUACUACAGGUGAAGUUACAACAGUCAGCAAACCUACUGAAAUAACAUUAACCGUUGAAACAACUACUGCAGGUUCUACAGCCUCACCUCCUACAACCGGCAAUGUAUCUCCUACUAUUUCUACAACUACUAGUAAAAGAAUACAGACAUCUGAACCUACUUCACCCUCAGCUAUGACUACCAAUUCUAGUACAACUGCUUCUAUAGAUACAACCAUACUCACAGUUUCUGAAUCUGUUCCAGCCUCAACAACUGCUGCUACUGAGUCCACCACAAUUUUUCCUGUUACAAAUAAAACCACUCGAGUAUAUACCAGUAAGGACUUUAUAGAAACUUCUCCCACUAAGUUUACACUAAGUUCCACUCCUUGGUUUCCAACUUCUAGUUCCACUACAUCACAUAUUUCACCUGAAACUACCCUAUAUACACAUAUAAUUCCAGGUUCCUCAUCUAAAGCCAAUACUCCUAAUAAUAGAAGUCCCACCAUGUCUCCUAUUUUGACAAGCAAAGUGACUACAAGGUAUAUCAGCACUGUAUCUGGACCAUAUGUGAGUACUCAGCCUGAUGAUGCUACUGCUACAACUACAGCAACUGCAUCUUAUACUAGUCUAACAAAACUUACAACGUACAAACCUACGAAAAUUGUAUCAGGAUCAACAUUGACUCCUGAAGCUUCUUCAAUCGUUAGCUCCCCUUCUUCUACAUCAGCAAGUAGGAGCCAUAUGCCAUCUACUAUCCAAUCAACCACGGAAAGUACUAUAAAAAGUACAAUUCCUUAUUUAACAGAUAUCAGUAAAUUAUCUAUGACUACUACUACUAGUCAAGAGACAUCUACUACCGGCCACACUAUGAGGCAGACAUCAACUACAACUAGUUCAGUAAUCACUUCUCUUCCUGAACCAACUACUGCAAAAGAAACAAGUAUCUCAUCUUCUACAACAUGUGUUUGUAUGUAUAAUGGAACUACAUACCCCCCAGGGAAAAUAAUCAGCAAAGUAACCAAUGAAACAUGGUGCCAUGAAAUCAUUUGCAGUAUGAAAUGUAAAAUUGAAAUGAAUAACUGGCUUUGCUCCACAUCUUCUCCAGCGAGUACCUCAAUUCCAGCAUUAAAAUCAACAUCAGAUACUUCACCCCAUUUUACUAGCACAUCACCACAGAUGGCCUCCACAACAUCCAGCACAACACCCUUAAAUGCAAGUCACAGUAAGACAACACCUACGUUCUCAUCAACAACUGAGAAACGUGGUUGUUCCUUUGAGAAAUAUCGAGAGCCAAAUGAAACAUGGAGGCUCGAUAAUUGCACACUGGCCAAAUGCUUGGAAAACCACACGGUAGAGAUUAUUGAACUGAAGUGCAAGUCUCCACCUAUGAUCACCUGUGCCAAUGGGUACUCACCAAUAGCCGUACCAGAUGAAGACCAAUGCUGCUGGCACUGGGAAUGUGAUUGUGUUUGCUCCGGCUGGGGCGAUCCACACUACAAGACAUUUGAUGGAACCUACUACACUUUUCAAGGCAACUGCACCUAUACCCUAGUCGAGGAGAUAGAGAAGAAGAAUAACUUCACAGUAUACUUGGAUAACUAUGACUGUGGAACAAAGGACUUGGUAUCCUGCCCACGAAACAUGAUUGUGCUCUAUAAUACUCAAGAAAUCCAACUUGUGGUCGGUGGUUCACAUGACACAGAUAUAGAGGUUGAUGUAAAUGGAGUUAUGGUAGGUACCCCAUAUCAGAAAUAUGGGGUGAAAAUUUACACUAUUGGCAUCUACUACGUGGUGGAAAUACCAGAACUGAGAGCUAAUAUUACAUACAAUGGCUUGACGUUCUCUGUCAAACUGCCUUAUGACCGAUUUGGUCAUAAUACGCAAGGACAGUGUGGCACAUGCACUAACAACCGGUCAGAUGACUGCAAGACACGUGAUGGUGACAUUGUAUCAAAGUGUGAAAAUAUGGCUGAUUCCUGGAUCAUAGAAGAUCCCAAAAAACCUGGAUGUGGCAAGUUUAAGACUACAGUGCCCCCUACAGUGACUUCUCCUUCUCCUACUUGCCAACCAUCACCACUUUGCAGCCUUAUUAUGGGACAAACAUUCCAGAAAUGCCACAAGAUUGUGCAACCAGAAGAUUACCACGAGGCUUGUGUGUAUGAUAGCUGCCAUGUGUCAAGAUCCAAGAUUGAAUGCUCCAGCCUGCAGCAUUACGCUCAACUCUGCGUAGAUAAAGGAAUUUGUAUAGACUGGAGGAGUCAAGCCCCAGAAUGCUACAUGCCAUGUCCCUCUCACAAGGUCUAUAAUGCCUGUGGUUCAGCCAGACCAAGAACAUGUCAAACCACCUCAGAAGAACAUUUCAUAAUGAAACAUGAUGAACAUUUGGUUGAAGGAUGUUUCUGCCCUGAGGGCACUAUACGCUUCAGUCCAGCUGUGGACAUAUGCGUGUCAAAUUGUGGAUGUGUUGGUCCAGAUCAUGUACCACGAAAGUUUGGAGAAAAAUUCCAAUUCGGCUGCCAGGACUGCACUUGCAUUGAGGGUGGUAGUGGAAUAACUUGUCAAAAACACAAGUGCAAGAAGAGGACUGAAGUUCACUGUGACUUAGAAGGUUUCUAUCCUGAAAUCCAGACCAGCCCCUCCGAUCCCUGCUGUGAAGAGACUGUGUGCAAGUGUGACAGAAGUAGAUGUGAAACUGUAUCUCCCACCUGUGAGCUCGGCUAUAAAGCUGUGGGUAGCAUUCCAGAGGGACACUGCUGUAUUCAGUAUCAAUGUGUUCCAAAGAAAGUUUGUGUGCACGGCAAUGCAGAAUAUAUGCCGGGGGCCCCAGUCCAUACUAAUGACUGCCAGAGCUGUGUGUGUGAAGAACGUGCGAACAGCACCACGGGGCUGGAGAUUACCUGUACAGAUGUCCCAUAUAAUGUACAGUGCCCAUUGGGCUUUGCACCGAAGAAGAGCGCGCACCAUUGCUGCGGAGAGUGUGAGCAGACUCACUGCGUCCUGAAAAUCAACGAUUCCAUUACUUCCUACCAUCUCAUGAAGCCUGGAGAAACGAUUCCUUCUGACAAUAACUGCUCCCUGUACAGCUGCUCCGUCAUCAAGAAUCAGUUCAUCACAUCAAUGUCCCAAAUUUCUUGCCCUCAUUUUAAUGAAGAUGACUGUGAGCCGGGAACCAUUGAAUUCUUACCAGAUGGCUGCUGUAAAGUAUGUGUUGAAAAGACUUGCAAGCUGCAUGAAUACCAUGAGCGUCUGUCCUACAACAAUUGUCGCACAGCAGACUUUGUGAAGAUGUCUCGUUGUGAUGGGUCAUGUGGAACGUUUUCCAUUUACUCUUCAGCUGCCAAAACCAUGUCACAUAGUUGUGCCUGUUGCCAGGAGGUGCAGACCAGCCUGAAGAGAGUAAUGCUCCAAUGUUCUGAUGGAAGUCAGGUGGAUCACGAGUACAUUGCAGUGGAGAAAUGUGACUGCAUAAAUGCAGAAUGUGAACUGUUGAAUGUAGAAGAAGUAAUGACAUCAGCUUCUACCAAGAGCUCCACAGAAGACUAA